CAAGCUCCAAGGCCUCAAAACCCGUCUUCUUAGAGUACUCGUACUUCCAUCUACCUACCUAAUCUUCCAUCUACUACUUUCAACAACAUCAUCACCAUCAUGCCUCCCAACGACAACUGGCUGAACCGUCAAGUCCAAGGCGCCGUCGCCGGCGUCGGUAGCAUCGCCGGCGGCCUCGUCAACAACGUUGGCAACGGCGUUACGGGCGUGGGUCGAGGCAUCGGCAACGGCGUCGCAGGCACCACCCGCGGCUGGGGCGACAGCGUCCGCGGCUACGGCAACAACAUCAAGGACGCGACCCGCGCUGCCGGCCCUCGCGCUCCGACUGCCUCGAACCCGCUGGGGCUGGCUGGUGGCUCGACCAGCUCGGCUGCCAUGCUCAAGUCCAAGACCACCGGCGCCGUCGGUGGGGCGAGGGGAAGUGCAGGCAAUCCGCUAGGGCUGAAAUAGAAAGGUGAUUGACAUUGGGGUGGGCCUCUCUUUAUGACUAUCAAUUUGGCGCUGCCAGAGUACACGCACUUCUCGACACUUGUAUAUUUGCACGACCUUGGCGUUCGUUGGCUUUGCCUCAGGGUCAGGCGGACAUCAUGUCAUCACCGACUCAGCCAGGUCUCGACAUGACGAUAUGAUUGGUCUCGUCGACUACCGUUUUUAGCACUGAAUAUAUCCACAUCGUUCUUCCGAGUCGAUCCU